CUAUUUUUACGAGGAACACCUGGAGGCAGCAUCCGACCCAACAGUCCACUUGCUUGAAGAGGAACGUGAUAAACGAAACCAAAGUUUUCCCGGUCCGGCAGUCUGGCUGCUUGUCUAAACUGUUGGCUCGCUAUCUACACAGGACACAAAACGUCGUCUCCAAGAGAGGAAAGUCAACUUUAAAACCUACAUCAUUAUGGCGCAUUAUAGAGCUUCAGACCCUAAAAGGGAGCAGUUUCGGAGAUACUUGGAGAAAGCUGGUAUUAUUGACAGUCUUACCAGUGUUCUAGUGGCUUUAUAUGAACAACAAGACAGGCCCAGCAAUGCUAUGGAAUUUAUCAAGGAGCAUCUUGGUGCUGUUGGCCAGACUUCAACAGACACAGAGGCUCUGCAGCAGGAGGUGGUGGACUUGAGGCAGAGGUGUACACUUCUGGCAGAGGAAAACAAAGACCUUAAAACAAGGCUGCAGCAGUAUGAGCCAGAAGAUGGUGCCAGAGCUGACUGAACACGGGCAGAGCAGACACAAGCACAGUUUUGGUGUGAGAAAUUUAUUUUUGUUUAUAAUCCUGCUGUAACUUUAGAUUUAAAGAUAAGACGACACUGUCAAGUGAAAGACAAGAACUUUUUAUGUCCCUGUGCUGUUUUUUUGUAAAUUGUACUUCCUACUUUGCUUCUUACAAUCUAACUUAUUCUGUACAUGUAUGUAUAUAAUUUUUAUUUCUUGUUUGUUCAGUCUUUAGUAAAAGUUUAUGAUAGAAAAUGCUUUAGUUCAUAAGAUGUGGGACUUCUUUGUUAAGGCUCUGCAUGAGAAAACAACCAAAGUGUGAUGAUGCUGUGGGUAAUUUGAUUUAGAUAUUUUUAAUAAUUAAGAAUAAUUUUUGGCAUAGAUAGGAAGACACAGACUCUGUCCCGUGUGUGACAAAGACACACUUAUCCUUUAUUUCCAAAGGUCUGGUUUAAGUAAACAGUUGUACAAAGCUCUUAAAUGUAAGUAGCAGGUAAAAUAAAGCACAGUUUUGUAAUUAA